AUGGCGGCAGCCGGCCCACCAUGCAUUCGUGCAGUGUUGGCUGGAGCUGGUGCGCAAAUGAUGGGCGAGGCACCUGUGGUCAAUGCCGUGUUGCAGCUGACGAAGAAACAGCCUUCCGAGGUAAGGCUUCUCUACUUGGGCACGGCGACAUAUGACAUAGCCUCAUUUAGGCAGAAGCAGACAGGGGGGUUUGCAGAUCGCGGUGUGGUCGUCAACACCUUAGAUGUGGCUUGCCGCACACCAGCGCCAUCUGCAGUCGACGAAGCCAUGAACAGUGCAGAUAUCAUCCUCGUGUCAGGCGGGAACACUUUGUUUGCGGUGGACCGCUGGCACAAGGCUGCGAUGGUGGAGCCACUCCGGCGGGCCAUGGCCCGUGGGGCGGUGCUCUGUGGCGGCUCGGCCGGAGCCGGUUGCUGGUUUGACGCCUUGCACUCGGACAGCAUGGAUCCCGAUUGGUAUCGGGACAUCAUGCUGGCGGGAAAGGGGGCCGCAGCAGCGAAGGCUCCAGGUGAGGCUUCGGCGGCUGGCGAGAGGCGGGAGUGGGAGUAUAUUCGUGUUACUGGCCUCGGCUUUUUGCCCGGACUCCUCUGUCCACAUCACGACCGCGUUCAGAGUAACGGUGUUCUCCGUUCCACCGAUUUUGCCGAGAUGUUGCGACGCCAUCCGGGAGAGACAGGCUUAGCCAUCGACCAUUUUGCCGCCCUCGUGCUGUGUGAUGCGGAAUACCAAGUUCUCAUGCUACCAGACAAGCCAGGCUCUGUAAUGCCAGACGGUACCAAUCAACCUGGCCAGGGCAUUCCGGGUGUUUGGAUUAAGUCCGUGACUGCGGAUGGGGUGAUCAAGGAGGAGGCGCUCCCCAAGCAAGGCCCAACGGCGGCAUUACUCCAUCCAGCGCGAGCAAUUGUGGAAGAUGUUCGAGUGGAGAAGGCGCGCAAGGAAAAUCCCAGCAAUGACCUUUAG